AUGUGCUGGAAGGAGACUCAAUGGAGCAGGACGUGGAGAGCCCUGUUACAAUUCAUCCACCAAAGUUGCCAAAACAAGCCAGAGAAGAUCUGCCAAAGCAUUUAAACAAAGAAUGUACCAAGAGAAGAAUCCAGAGAUACGUUAGGAAGGAUGGAAAGUGCAACGUUCACCAUGGAAAUGUAAGAGAGACUUAUCGUUACCUGACUGAUAUCUUCACUACCUUGGUUGACCUCAAGUGGAGAUUCAACCUUUUAAUAUUUGUCAUGGUUUAUACUGUGACUUGGCUGUUCUUUGGAUUCAUCUGGUGGUUAAUUGCAUACAUCCGAGGAGAUAUGGAGCACAUAGGAGAUAAGAAAUGGACCCCUUGUGUCAGUAACCUCAAUGGGUUUGUCUCAGCCUUUUUAUUCUCCAUAGAGACAGAAACCACCAUUGGAUAUGGCUAUCGGGUCAUCACAGACAAAUGUCCUGAAGGAAUUAUCCUGCUUUUAGUUCAGUCUGUUCUAGGAUCUAUAGUUAAUGCCUUCAUGGUUGGCUGUAUGUUUGUAAAAAUUUCUCAACCCAAGAAGAGGGCUGAAACCUUGGUGUUUUCUACCAAUGCUGUCAUUUCCAUGCGAGAUGGGAAGCUAUGUCUGAUGUUCCGUGUGGGGGAUCUUAGGAAUUCGCACAUUGUGGAAGCAUCAAUACGAGCCAAGUUGAUCAAGUCUAAACAGACAAAAGAGGGAGAAUUUAUACCACUCAAUCAGACAGAUAUCAAUGUGGGUUAUUAUACAGGGGACGAUCGCCUGUUUUUGGUUUCACCACUGAUCAUCAGCCAUGAAAUAAACCAACAGAGUCCUUUCUGGGAGAUUUCCAAAGCCCAAUUGCCCAAAGAAGAAUUAGAAAUAGUUGUAAUCCUAGAAGGAAUGGUGGAAGCAACAGGUAACAUUUAUUUUCCGCAUGUUUACUGUAAUUUGAAACUUCUCCUAAAACGUUAAAGGAAGAUGUUGCAUUGUAUAAGAGGUAAAAGGUAACCUGCAUAAAUAUGCAAGGAGCUAUGCUAUCAGUGUUUGUCACAAUGUGUAUCCUCAGGUCUAAGGGUUAAUCUUGUUCCUAUAGCAAGUG